UCCACCGGAUUCAAAACUACCGGGCACUAAUGAAACGGUUCCAUUUGUAUUUGUGGCAGACGACGCUUUCAAGUUGACUUCUCGCAUAUUAAAGCCACAUGGCCAACGUUCAAGCGAUUACCACAAAAUUUUUAACUACCGCUUAAGUAGAGCCAGACGAGUAGUUGAGAAUGCGUUUGGAAUAUUGGCAAAUAGAUUCCAAAUAUUUCAAAGAAAUAUUGAUUUACCACUAGACAAAAUUGAGAACCUAACACUAGCUGCAUGCGCGCUGCACAAUUUCAUUACAACACGAGAUGGUUUCGAAAGCAUUCACCUAGAUUUGGAGGAUACAAAUACAAUAAAUUUAAUCGAAGGAUCUUGGAGAAACGAAGUAGCUUUAACUAGUUUACAAAGAUCACUUGCGAAUCAUUCAGCAGUUGAGGGAAGAACAGUCCGUGAAAUAUACACCAAAUAUUUUAAUACAACUGGUUCCGUUCCAUGGCAACUUAGUGCAAUAAAAAAAUUUAAUUUUUAAACUUAUGCUGGUUUUAUAAAUGCACUGCGUAGCAAAACUGUUUUUUUUAAAUAUCUACGAAG